UUUGUCUGUCACAGAAAAUUUUUACAAUCCUAUUAGUUUAUUCAGAAUUCUCUGCAACAUGUUGAUCCUCUUGCUGACCGAGUUACUGAGUCAGAGACUUUUCAUCAAUUUCGUAAACGCUCUGCAAAGAAUGAUGUCCAAUGAGUCUUCUCUACGUAGAAAUUUUCUACCACCCUGCUAAGCUACAACUUCAACGAGUCUUGUCUAUGUACAAAUUUUCUACAACCACAUUAACCUGUUCUGAAAUUUCUACAACGUGAUGUUUCCUCUGCAGACCGUGUCAACUGGGUGAAUGCUGGAGAAGAUCUACAUAUCAGUAAUAGGAAAAUGAUAUGGACUUAAAAUUCCUGAUAUAUACAAGUCUUUUCUCCAUGUCUUGUUCGCUAAACCAACACCAAUUAGGAUUACUUAAAUAAAAAGCUGCAUUUGUAGUGAAACUUUUGCUUUUAACUUUGGGAAUGGGGUGUGGAUACUUCUGGUCAUGUUUUUACAUCAAUACUGUUGUUUGUCUGUUGUUCUUUCCGUCAUCGACAUUUGCAAUUGCUGGGAACGACACCGAUAGACUAGCUUUGCUGGAAUUCAAGGCCAAAAUAGAUGCUGAUCCUUCUGGGGUUCUGAGCUCGUGGAAUGGUUCCAUCCACUUCUGCCAGUGGUAUGGGGUUACCUGUAGUCGCCGGCACCAGAGGGUCACAGUAUUGGACCUCAAUUCCUUGAAACUUGUGGGCACCAUAUCUCCACACAUUGGAAACUUGAGCUUUCUAAAGGUACUAGACCUUAAAAACAAUAGCUUCCGCCAGUAUAUUCCUCCUGAAGUUGGUCGUUUGAGAAGACUGCAUACACUCUACUUAUAUAAUAAUUCACUCAGCGGUGAAAUCCCAUCCAAUCUUUCUACGUGCUCUGAUCUUACUAUUUUAAGUCUUGUAAACAACCACCUAGUAGGAGAAAUUCCAGCUGAGCUUGGCUUGCUAUCGAAGCUCCAAUAUCUUUCUGUAUCCUGGAACAAUCUAUCAGGAAGUAUCCCUCCUUCUCUUGGCAACUUGUCUUCUCUUGCUACUCUUUCUGCAGCGUUAAACAAUUUUGUUGGGAACGUUCCUGAAGCUUUUGGGCGACUUAGAGAUCUGACUUUUUUGGGCCUUACCAUGAAUCAGUUGUCUGGCAUCAUCCCUUCCUCGAUCUUCAAUCUUUCUUCUAUCACACUUUUGGACGUAGGAAGCAAUCAAUUUGAAGGAAAUCUUCCCACAGAUUUAUUCAUCUCUCUUCCAAAACUUGAGACCCUGAGCAUAGCCUAUAACCAAAUUAAUGGUCCCAUUCCUAAUUCAGUAUCCAGUGCUUCAAAUCUACGAGAACUUCAGUUGCAGGGAAACAAACUCACCGGGAAAGUUCCUUCGUUAGAAAGGCUGAAUGUUCUAGGGCUUUAUAUUGAUCACAAUCUUCUUGGAAAGGGAGAAUUUGAUGAUUUGGGAUUUAUCUGUUCUUUGACUAAUGCCAGCAUUUUGGACGAGUUGUAUAUAAGCAGGAACAACUUUGGAGGGGAAAUACCUGAGUGUAUUAGCAACUUGUCAUCUAAUCUUGCAAUGUUGUCACUAUAUGAAAAUCAAAUAUCUGGAAAAAUUCCAGCAGGCAUUGGGAAUCUCGUGAACUUGGAAUCAAUAGAGAUGUAUAAGAACAAGCUUUCAGGUAUCAUUCCCCAAAGUAUUGGAAAUCUGCAAAAUCUAGUGAGAUUGAUUUUGGAUGAAAACAAGAUCUCUGGACCUAUUCCAUCCUCUCUUGGAAAUCUAACAAAUUUAAAUAGACUUCAUUCUGCUGACAAUAACCUUCAAGGUACCAUCCCUUCAAGUCUAGCUAAUUGCAAAUAUUUGCAACUGCUGGAUUUUUCUCGUAACAAUCUUACUGGUACCUUACCCCCACAGGUUAUUGGACACUCAUCCUUGUCGAUUUAUGUUGGUUUUGCUCAAAACAAUCUCAGUGGUUCCCUUCCAAGAGAAGUAGAAAAUUUGAAAGACCUGGGUAUCUUAGAUGUCUCUGACAACAUGUUAUCAGGUGAGAUACCAAGCAGUCUUGGGAGCUGUAUAAGACUUGAGUACCUAUACAUGAAGGGGAACCAAUUCCAAGGGCCCAUUCCUUCAUCUCUGAGUUCAUUGAGAGGUCUUCAAGUUUUGGAUUUGUCUUAUAACAAUUUGUCCGGCCAAAUCCCUGAAUUUUUGGGAGGUUUUAAUUUAACAAUCAAUCUUAACUUAUCUUUCAAUAAUUUUGAAGGCAGAGUGCCAACUGAUGGGGUCUUCAAGAAUGCAAGCAUUACUUCAGUCAUGGGAAACACUAAGCUUUGCGGAGGCAUACCUGAGUUCCAACUGCCUGCGUGCAGCUUCGAAAGGUCUGACAAAAAGAGACUAAAGGUCAUUGCUGCUACUAUAGCAGGAAGUUUAGGAGCAAUUUUGGUGGUUUUGUCCCUUGUAUUUCUUUUGAGAUUAAGAAAGAAAAGUCACAAACCCGCUUCAUCCUACUCAGAAAAUUCCCUUCUGAAACUUUCAAAAGUGUCAUAUAGAGAUCUCCACAAGGCCACUGAUGGGUUCUCCUCAGCAAAUUUAGUUGGUACUGGCAGUUUUGGGUCUGUAUAUAAAGGAAUUCUUGAUGAAGGUGGACCAAUGAUUGCUGUUAAAGUGCUCAACCUCCAGCACCAUGGAGCAGCUAAGAGUUUCAUGGCUGAGUGUGAAGCCUUGAGAAAUAUCAGACAUAGGAAUCUUGUAAAGAUAAUAACUGCAUGUUCAGGUGUUGAUUAUCAAGGCAAUGACUUCAAGGCACUGGUAUAUGAGUACAUGGAUAAUGGAAACCUUGAGAAGUGGUUGCAUCCACCAGUAUCAGUAGAUGGCAAUCAUGAGGAACCAAGGAAUUUAAAUCUUCUUCAGAGAGUAAAUAUUGCAAUUGAUGUUGCUUCUGCAAUUGAAUAUCUCCAUCAUCAUUGUGGAAAUCCAAUAGUUCACUGUGAUCUCAAACCGAGCAAUGUUCUACUCAAUGAUGAAAUGACUGCCCAUAUUGGUGACUUUGGACUAGCAAAAUUCCUCUUGGAAAACAUCCAGAAUAAUUCUACUAAUCAAUUCAGUUCUAUUGGAUUACGAGGAACUAUUGGUUAUGCUCCUCCAGAGUAUGGAUUAGGAAGUGAAGUUUCAACCUAUGGUGAUGUUUAUAGUUAUGGUGUUCUCUUGCUGGAGAUGUUUACGGGGAAGAGGCCCACAGAUGACAUAUUUAAAGAAGGUUGGAACCUUCACAAAUUUGCAGAAUCAGCUUUACCAAAUAGAGUGGAUGAGAUUGUAGAUCCAAUUCUCUUUCAAGGAAAAAGCCAUUUAGAGAAUCCAAGGAGCGGAAGCGAUAACAAAACUAUGAUGGAAUGUUUUAUUUUCAUGGUUGGAAUUGGAAUUGCUUGCUCUGCUGAAUUGCCAGCAAACCGAAUGGACAUCAGUGAUGCUGCCAAAAAGUUGUGUCUGAUCAGAGACAAGUUAAUGGCCCCCUGAUGGAGAAAUGUACACCUGAACCAGCAGGUGCCAAGGUUGAGAAGUGUCAACACUUACAAAAUAUAUUGUGCCAUGCGCGGAUAUUGCAGAGAUGCAACCUUUAUCUUUCUAUGUUGCAUUUAGUUAUCAACCUCCAAUGUAUAGUGUAUAUAUAUAUAUAUAUAUA